UCUCCCAUAGGACUAGGAGGUCGUGUCUCGGCCGGUUGGCCCAACCAGAUCUCGCCGCCGUCCCGUCCAUCGCCGUCGCCGCUCCUCUCUUCCUCCGCCGCCGCCGUCAUCAUCAUCGCCUUCCUCCUCCUCACCCACAUCCCAUCUACACCCACAUCCUAUCACCACCUGCAGCAGCAGACCAUGAAGACCAAUACUGAGUCCUCCGGCGACCUCUUCCACCUCCAGAUGCGCAGCGCCAUCGACGCCGUCCGCCUCCUGCGCAGCGCCAUCGAGAUCAAGAGGCAGGCAGGCAGGUGUAUGUUGAAGGAGAGGUGGAGAAGCUCUAGGCAAAGUACAGCAGCCUGCAUUCCCUGAAUGAGUUUCAGGGGCUGUGGAACAAAGGCAACAACUGUUUCUUUCUUGGAGAUGAGAUGAAGAGGCGUGGAGUUUGAUGGCUCCAUGCGCGAGCUGGUGCUCUUCCUCAAGGGGAGGAAGAAGAAGAAGAAGGCCGAGGUGCUCCGCUGAUCCAUUUUCCGGCAUAAGGUGUUGUAUAUACAUACAUCAUGUCUGAAUUUUGUUGUCAGUUUCACAUAAUAGAUGAUUCAGUCAGUCAGCAUCACUCUCAAGGAAAUCUCGGUAACCAGCACAACAAUGUAUGUAUAGCUCAGCGCCGCAGUUUUGCAAAGAGUACUUUCGAUUAGUUUCCUAGCACUAGCCGCUGCAAAUUUCCUGUAAGGAAUGAUUGUGUUAAUUCACAUCCUUUUGCCCAUUUAGUUCAUUCCACGACUUGAUUUAUCAUCUACGUACGUGCUCUCGGCAUCUAUUCCGAUUUAUUUCAUUUCGACACGCACACAAGUACGACCAUGUCUUGAUUUUAUCAACAGCCGGUUCAGUCGGCAUCACUUUCAACGAAAUCCUGGCAGCCGUCAAUGUGCACUGUUGUUGGUGCUGCUAAUAGUACAUUUUCCAUUCAACCAGUUAAUUUCUUAGCCUUACUGACAGCUGCCUGUUUCCUUGCAAGGAAAUGUCCUACUACUGAUUUCAAAUUGUCAUAUCCUUCCUGGCUAUUUAGUUCUUUCAUGACUUUGCGUCUCUCCAGCACAUUUCAACAUAUGACUGGUACACAAUUUUUUGUUGUAUCAUCUAAAUAGGUGUUCUCUGUAGCUACUCUUUAAAUGGCGCACAUAAGUAGGAUUGUGAUUUCUGAGUCGUAUGGCAGACAUGCAUUUGGUUGAUUAGACGUGCUGAUUAGUUGACAUUCGAUUCAGCCAAAAGGACAAAGUGGCUUAACCAACAAUAAUUCUGCCCUUUUUAGGAGGAAUCCUGAAAAGUGUUAUACUACCAAACUCAGCAAGUAGUACUUCUCACUGGAUUGCUCUUUGUACAACAUGAUGAUGCUUUUUAGUAAAGAUUGUCAUCUAAGUAAGUUGCUCAUGUCUGCUCUGCUGCUAGAGUGGUUAGCACCUGACCUGAUAGCUUUGCAGGCAUUCUAGGACCAGGGAUAAAUACGAGAUGCUAGCAGGUAGCCACUAUUGGAAAUUGGUAGUACUAUUCUAUUCUAGGACCAGGGAUAAAAUUUGAACUUGACUUUAGUAAUGCUUAAUUAAUACCAAAGGAAAUUUCAUACUUUUAUCGGUCCACUGUGCAUCCAGAUUUCUCACUUAAUUGGAAAAUUUAUCCGUUACUUCAGUAGUGCUGUGUGUGAAAGGAAUUUCCUUACUUGUAUUGUAUCACCUCCAGGUCAUGGGAAUCAAAUCAAAGAGGGAGGGCAAGAAGGCCCAAGAGGCGCUCCACUCACUAGGCAGGGCUGCACUGGAAGCAAGCAUCGGUAUGUGGAAAAAGCUGGAGAUGCAAAGGCAAAGCAAAGCUCUCAGGAAAGGAGAAAGGUGGCAUGGCUGUUGCAUGGAGUAAAAGUGAAACCAACUAAGCAAAUCUCACUCACACACCAUCACCCAACAGAGCAGAGCAGAGCCAAGUCCAACUGUACUGUGGUCAUCCUACAUGUGCCCCAUGCAGGCAGCAGGCAGCAGGCAGGGCCUCAUAUACAAAAGGGCUUGGUCUCUUCUCAACCCAGAGCUAGCCAGGGAAGACCAAGCACAGCAAUACCUGAUAGUGAGUGAUAAUCUUUCCAGAAGCAGCAGCAGAAGAAGGUUGAUCAGACUGUACACACAACCAUACAUGUCGUUGGAGGAUCCACGGAGCGCGAUGGAGGGGAGGGCGAGGAGGCGCGCCAGCCCGUCCGGGAUGCGCACCAAGGCAGUCAGGGUGGAGCCGGAGCCACAACCCACCAGGAGGCACCAGCCAGGGACGAGGGUGGCGGUGGUCUACUACCUGUGCCGGAACCACCACCUGGAGCACCCGCACUUCAUGGAGGUGCCACUCGCCUCCCCACAAGGCCUCUACCUGCGAGAUGUGAUUGGCCGGCUGGACGCCCUGAGAGGGAAGGGCAUGGCCGCCAAGUAUUCCUGGUCCUGCAAGAGGAGCUACAAGACUGGAUUCGUGUGGCACGACCUUUCCGCGGAUGAUCUGCUGCUGCCCACGCAAGGAACAGAGUACGUCCUCAAGGGCUCCGAGCUCCCAUUCGACCACUCAAAGCCUCUGCCAAUGCCGGAUCAUCAGCAGAACAAUGCAGUAUGUGCAAAGGUUCAGCCCUGCAAGCCGGCUCGACAACAAGACUCGCCUCCUUCUCCUGGAUCGUCAAACCAAGGGUGGACUUCCAAGUCUCCGUCUCCUACUCCUACAACUUACCCUGCAGUUCCAGUCAUCAAAGAGGAAGUACCACCGCCGCCGCCGUCACCACGGCCACCAACAGCAACAACUCGUGCUGCUGUUGUUCCAGCCAUGAAAGAUGUCGCAGUGCCACCGCGACUUCCCCAGCUGGUCUCGCCGUCCACACCGUCUGCCUCCACCAUUGGGGACGAAGAGCAAUGCAGAAUACCACCGCAUUCAGGCUCCUCGAGCAACUCGUCGCCCAAGACAAGCAUGGCUUCCUCAGACACAAGCUCACCCAGCCCCCCCAAACCCGCAGCGGCAGGGAGCGACGCGGCCACACAGACGGAUGAUAAAGCGCGGUGGGACGACGUGAAGCUGCAACACAGACAGGGAACAGCAAGAGCAUCAUCAUCAUCAUCGCUGGAAGGGCCAGAGAUCGUCGUGGACGAGGAAGAAUCCCGUUGCUCGCGUGCGCCGGCAGGGGAGGACCAGCCUCGCAGCAGGAGGAGCGGGACCCUGCAGUCUCUGAUACGGGCGGAGGCGGCCGGCAGGAGGAGGUGCCUUCCUCUGCCGGUGGAGGACGACAGGGCUGCUGCUGCCACGGGCGGCUCCGUCAGCGGCAGGCUGAAGCCGGCCAACCUGCUGAUGCGCCUCAUGGCCUGCGGGCCGAGCCACCCCGGCGGCUUCGGCUUGGUGCAGACCUCGUCGUCGUACAAGCCGUGUUUCCCGCAGCUCGAGUACCCGUCGUCUCCGGAGCUGUCUCCUCUCGGCGCGCUCAAGCCUGCAGAAAAUUGCAGCGGGCGCCUGCUCGACGGCGCACUUAAACGCUCUUCUUCUUCGUCGCGCAGUCACCAGGAAGGAGUUACUUGCGAAGAAGAAGAAGCGUGGCCGAAGGGGUUUAACAACAACCUGCCGAAGAGGACGAGCGAUCCGCCGUCGGGGAGGACGGCCUCUUGUUCAAAGGCGGUGUCGUUCCGGGACGAGUAGGCGAUGAAGAUGGAAGAAAAUAUGGUAUAGAAAGUGGAAGGAACGCUUCAGGAGCUCAUCCACUGCAUAAUGAAUUGCUUCAAGAAACUCAGCAGUACCAUCUGUUUCGGUUUGGUUCUUCUUCUUCUUCUUGGCCAUCUUCUUUUUUUCUUGCUUGGCUGUGCGUAGGUAAUAAACACUGCAAGAUGUUGUUGAUCGGGAGAUUACUACUCCCUCGUUCCAUAAUUCUUGUCAUGGUUUGAAGCGCGACAAGAAUUAUGGAACGGAGGGAGUGGCUAGCUAUAUAUGUUGGCAGUUAGUUGUUACAGAAUGUGGCAGGUAGUACUAGGUAUAUAUGUUGGUGGUAACUUGUUGUGAAAAUAAUAAUGAAAAUGUUGUUGUUGUUGUA